AUGAACAGGCGAUUCCAACAAGCUUUCAACGCUUUAAAAGAGCAUACAUGCGUCAACUAUGCUAAAUUAGCCACCAUCGGUGGCCUCGGCAGCGUUGAUCUCAUCCUCGUAAAGGCCACGGCUCCCACUGACUUGCCUUUGGCGGAUAAAUACUUCCAUCAGCUUCAGAAGAUAUUCGCCUUGCCCGGAGACAGCUCUUUUCGAACCGAACUCUUGAUCAACCGAUCCAACGGUUCCAUCUGCUUGUACCCUUGUCGUUUCCAGGACGUUUCGUCCUCGAAUCCCGGAAGUUUCACCAUGUUUAUCCGGUCGUACGCUCAUUUGCUUGACGAAGUCUCCAACGAAGAUAAUCAUCACUCCGGGGUGCCGGAAAGUUCGCCGGAUGACGAAACGGAAGAAGUCGGAACGGUGCUCGAGGUGUUGCAACGGAUACAAAGCCUGAUCGACCGAGUCAUCGAUUGCCGGCCGACUGGUAUAGCAGCCCGAAGCUUCCUGAUUCAGACGGCGAUGAAACACAUCAUUCGGGACAGCUUCGUAUGCUACACCGUGUUCCGAAAGGACAUCGUCAUUGUGUUGGAAAACCUGUUCCCGAUGCCUUACCGGAGAUGCCUAUCGGCUUUCGGGAUAUACAAGAAAGCGGCCUUGCAAGGGAAUCAGCUGUGGGAGUUUUAUCAAUGGUGUAAGCUCAUGGGAGUCUGUGGAUCCUACGAAUACCCAUUCGUGGAUCGGAUCCCAUUGAUUCAAAUCCAUGCUCUUGAAAUUUUCAUCAAAAGCAUGUGGGAACAAACAGAUGAAGAUGAUCAUCGAGCUUCUUCUUCCUCGUCAACGCCUGAGAAGGUCGAUGAAGAUGAUCAUGAAGAAAGGGAGCCGUUGAUCCUGCUCGAUGAUCGUGCACAUGAUGAUGAAACUGAGAACUAG